AUGAGUGACAGUUUGACUCAGCUACAGGAUGCUGUUGAUCAGCUCGCGCAGCAGUUCGUCGCGUCCCUGCACUUUGUCCAUCGGCGACACGAUCUCGAAACCCUGGGACCGAAUGAUAAGAUCCGCGAUAUGAAGCAGGAGCAGGAGCAGAGAGAAGUCGAUCCCCUCCCUGCAGACGAAUUCGCGGCCGGCCUGAACGAACUCUCGCGCGAUCUCAUCUUCAAAGAGCAGCAGAUUGAAUACUUGAUAUCGCUGUUGCCGGGUCUGAACAAUAGCGAACAGGAUCAAGAAAAGGCCAUAAAGGAUCUUGAGGAGGACCUGAAAGCAGCGGAAGCUGAGAGACAAGAAGCCCUCAAAGAACGCGACGGGAUCCUCAUGCAACUGGAUUCAGUAAUUUGCAGCAUUCGGCGGCCUUAG